AGGGAAGGCGGCGUCUGAAUCUUGUUCCCUCGGGGUCGGAAGGAUACAGUGGCAGUACCAUCAGAUGUGCAACUGGAGGGGGGAAAACUAUGCUGUAUAUUGUACCGUUACAGGAUGAGUUCGAUCUUUCUCCUCUUCCCUACGAUGCACAGGAAUUUUCGCUAAUGCCAAAAGCAGAGUGGAAGAAAUGUUUUAAAAUGAUGCCACUUCAAAUUCUUGCCUUACAUGUGAUGGAAUGCGAUACUCUGGAAUAUGAGACACUCUCAGAUUCGGAACAAGAGGUAACUAAUUCACCACCAGCCUUCGAGGAAAAGUCGACAGAUGAAAAGUGUCCUGUGUGCAUGAAAACGUUUCCUCUUCUGAAAUUGGAGUUCCAUGCAAGUUUUUGUGGUGACUUGGAAAGUUCAGAGUCCCUUCAGACAAGGAGCCCUGAUAUAAUGAAGCCACAAAAUGAAGAGAUGACAUGUAAGGAGGAUGUCCUACGAUGGCUAGCUACUUAAGUUGACACCUCCAAGGAUUUCAGCACCUGUGUGUCCAGAAUUAACCUUGUGGAAUGAGGUCUGUUACUUUGGAGGCGACAAAAGAUCAGCUCCCCAGUCAACACUUUAAAGAUUA